UUUUUUUGUUUGGACGUACACAAAGGCGGCACUUAUGCUCGGUUAUACUCUGACUUCAUCCGUAUUGAUAAGUGUCGACUCUAAUCGGUGUUUAAUCGCCAAGUCAUAACUCCUGCUUGGCUUCAGGAAGUACUUUCAGGAAGUAGUUUGCUGGCUCGUUUGAGUGACAGCAGUGGUGACGGCAGCCCGCAGAGCCGAGCCGACACUCAAGAUGGCAGGUCUAUCUUUAUAUUUUGAAGAUGGGCAUGAUGAUUUGGAUGAUUUUGGAUUUGAUGACUAUGGUUCAGAAUGUGACGGGAUUCGCAUCACAGCCUUCUUAGAUGCUGGGCAAGACAACCUUACUCCUCUUGGGAGGUUAGAGAAAUAUGCCUUCAGUGAAAAUGUCUUCAACAGGCAAAUUGUGGCUCGGGGCCUGCUGGAUGUGCUUCGAGAGUUCAGUGAGAAUGAAAACGACUUCAUCAGUGUCAUGGAGACAGUGGCCAGAAUGUCAGAAGAUGGAGAGCCCACUGUGCGAGCUGAACUGAUGGAGCAGGUCCCAAAUAUUGCCAUGUUUUUGCAUGAGAGCCGGCCCAAUUUCCCCGCAGCUUUCUCAAGGUACUUGGUCCCAAUUGUGGUCCGGUAUCUCACUGAUCCGAAUAACCAGGUGCGGAAGACCAGCCAAGCAGCACUGCUGGUUCUUUUGGAACAGGGCCUCAUUUGCAAGGCUGAUAUGGAGACCAAAGUUUGCCCAGUUCUGCUUGAGCUGACAGAGUCCAGCAGUGAUGAUGACUAUAAAAUCGAAGCGGUCGCUAUCAUGUGUAAAGUCGUCACCAUGUUGAGCAAAGACACAGUGGAACUUUUGUUACUUCCUCGUUUCUGCGACUUGUGCAGCGAUGCCAGGCUCUUCCAAGUUCGCAAGGUUUGUGCUGCCAAUUUUGGAGAGUUUUGUUCAAUUGUGGGUCAAGAAGCAACAGAAAAACUACUGAUGCCCAAGUUCUUCGACUUGUGCUCAGACAGCCUUUGGGGAAUCAGGAAGGCUUGUGCUGAGUGUUUCAUGAUGGUGUCCAACUCCACAUCUCCAGAAGUGCGACGAGCAAAAUUGUCUCCACUGUUCAUCAGCCUCAUCAGUGACCAGUCGCGCUGGGUGCGGCAAGCUGCUUUUCAGUCCCUAGGGCGUUUUAUCUCUACAUUUGCAAACCCAACCAGCACUGGCCUCCAUUUUAGUGAGGACGGGGCUCUACUAGAGGUUCCCAGCUCCAUCAACUCCUUGAACUGCUCUGAUAUUGGUAGCUGCCACACGGAGCGAGUCAUUGCCCACACGCCUCCAAACCAAGAUGGCAGAGCCACACCCUCACCGGAGCACGUCCCUUCAACAGAUGGCGAGGAAAUGCAUUUCAACGACAACCAAACUUUAGUUUCCAGAGAGAUGCAUGAGGAUUUUGCGCAUGUCCAGAAUAGCGGUGAUGCAACAGCCUCCACGAAAAACGCAAGGAACACAAAAGAGGCAGACCAGACAGACGAGAACUUUAACUCUUUCCACUAUUGGAGGUCGCCCUUGCCUGACAUCAGCGGCGAGCUGGAGAUGCUAAGUUGUCAUAACACAGAGGAACCAAAGGAGGAAUCUGAAUCUGAAAAGAGAGAGGAGGCAGUUGUAGAAUUGGUGGAGAGCUGUUCUGAUGCAAAAUCCAGCUCUGGUAAAAGCACGAGUGACAAGAUCCAAAUGGUUUUGGAUUGUUUGCAACCCCAUAUCGAUGAUCCAGAUGUCCAGGCUCAAGUCCAGGUUUUGUCGGCUGCUUUGAAAGCAGCUCAGCUUGAUAGCCCAGCAGAUGACAGUCCAACAGAAUCCCCGACGACACCAGAACUUGAAAGCAACACCUCAACUCAGACAGAAGAGAGCAAAGUUGUGGAGGUACAGUCAGAGGGCGACGAGGGUCCCAAAGAGCAGGAGCCACCAAUUGAGACACCACCAGCCACAGAGGUGUGCCCUGUUCAGGAGCAAGGAGACGAGCAGACGCAGACAGAAACCCUGGAGGACACAGAAGAGUCGCCGCCUGACUCACCUGUUCUAGAGUCUGAGCUCAUAGAAAGUGUGGAAGUGGAGGAGAAAGAAGACUCUGACAGCCCCAUGUCCGACGAUAAACCCAAGAUUCAGAACGUCAUUCCUCAACAGUUGUUGGACCAAUACCUCUCCAUGACAGACCCUGCACGUGCUCAGACAGUGGAUACAGAGAUAGCCAAACACUGUGCCUUUAGCCUGCCAGGGGUAGCACUGACUCUGGGACGUCAGAACUGGCACUGCCUCAAAGACACAUAUGAAACCCUUGCUACCGAUGUUCAGUGGAAAGUGCGACGGACAUUGGCUUUCUCCAUCCAUGAGCUGGCUGUCAUCCUUGGAGAUCAGUUGACGGCGGCAGACUUGGUACCAAUCUUCAAUGGGUUCCUCAAAGAUCUGGAUGAAGUCCGAAUUGGUGUCCUGAAACAUCUGUAUGAUUUCCUCAAGCUGCUGCACGCGGACAAGAGGAGAGAGUAUCUGUACCAGCUGCAGGAGUUCAUGGUCACGGACAACAGUCGCAACUGGAGGUUCCGAUAUGAGUUGGCGGAACAGUUGAUCUUGAUCAUAGAGUUGUACAGCCAGUACGACGUGUAUGACUACCUCCGACAGAUAGCCCUCACUCUCUGCUCUGACAAGGUCUCCGAAGUGCGGUGGAUCUCCUACAAACUGGUUGUGGAGAUUCUUCAGAAGCUGUACACGAGCGGAGCCGAUGAGCUGGGUCUGAACUUCAUCAAUGAGCUCACCGUCAGGUUCUGUCACUGCCCCAAGUGGGUCGGACGGCAGGCCUUCGCCUUCAUCUGCCAGGCCAUUGUGGAGGAGGACUGCAUGCCUAUGGACCAGUUCAGCCAGCACCUCUUACCCAGUCUGCUCAGUCUUUCUUCCGAUCCCGUAGCAAACGUCCGAGUCCUCGUAGCGAAGGCACUGAGGCAGAGUGUCAUGGAGAAAGCCUACUUCAAGGAACCAGGCUGCCCCUUCUCUGAGGAGCUGGAGGAGACCGUCAUGGCCCUGCAGUCAGACAAGGAUCGAGACGUCCGCUUCUUCGCCAGCCUGGACCCCAACAAAGGCCUGAUGGAGACGGCGCCUUUGAUCUAGUCCCCGAGCUCUCCCACCUCCUCCUCCCCUCGUCUCAGUCCGCCUGCCCUUCUACCUGACUGAGACAUGUCUGCAUCCACCGCAACACCAGCACCUGACCAGAACCCGACAUGAGAGCGACAUCAGGCCACAGCAUGGAGCACGUCUGGUCAGGCUCCUCACGGACUCUGCAGGGCUCAGGUCUGUCAGGGAACUUCCUCCGGAUUCCUCUUCCACACUAACACGGACUCAAACUCCCGACUCUCCAAAGUCAAUUGUAAGCUCGCUCUGACUUGUUUUUUUUUUUUUUUUUUGUACUACUACUACUUUUUUUGAGGAUUUCUUAAUGAACAGGACUCUGACGUGCACUAACUCAGGGGGUCUCAUCUGAACCGAAACAGCAUUAGCUCACGUGAUCACGCAGCAGCUGGUGGGCCGUGGAGCAGCUGAACCAAGUAGCUGUGCUGCUGCCUCAUUUCCUCCUCAUUGUCCUGUGGGACUUCCUCUGGUUGACGCCCGGCCCGCCCCGCCUCCACCGGACCCUUUUGGACAGGACAUUCUUGAGAACAUUCCUGUUUGGUUACUAAAAACUCAACGCAGGAGACGCAAAAAUACCUCUGUAGGACCAGCGUGCGAGGAAGAGAGACGCACACGUGCGCUCUCUCUCUCCCCCCACAAGUUUGGGUGGUGUUGACUCAAAUCAUCUUAAAGGGCUCCUGAUGAUGUGAAACACUCACAAAGCACACUGUUGGAUUAUGCAUGCCCCCCACUCCCACUCUCCACCCCCCCUGCCCUGUGAACACUGGAGCCCAGUUGACCUCCCGAUUACUGUGGAUCUGGCUGACCAGUUAGUUGUACAGCUCCAACCUGUGGAACCACUACGUGUUCUUGGAACCAAGGCCAGUGUAGUCGGGUGACGGCCCAGUGUGUGAAUAUCGGAAGCACUCACCAAGUUUUUGUCCCGCCUCCUUUUUUCCCCCCUCUGUUGUAAAUGGUAACCCAUUUUUGUUUUUUUUUUUAACCUUGAUGUAACUCGAGGACUGAUUGUGGUGUGUGCUGUGCAUCUCAAGUCUUUCUUCCUUUUUCGGAAAAAGGAGAGCUCGCCGCGGUAAUGGCGGCGCCAUCUCACCUGUCUGCGGUUUUGUGUCCAUCUCAUUUUUUUUAAAUGUAGUAGAACAGUUAAUAUAUACAUUUUAUGAGAAAUAUUUUUCUUUUCAAUUAUGCACCACUGUUCAAAGAUUUUAUAUCCUAACUUUACAAAAUUUACAAUCUUUGUAAUAUUCAAUGGUUUCUUUUAAAAAGACAUUUUAUGUAAUGUUAUUUUUAGUACUCUGUAAUUAAA